AUGGAGAUAUUUAACGACUUACAUCAUCCUGAAUAUAUUCCUGGUACUUUUAAUAUAUAUUCUAGUACUGAACUAGAAUCUGACGAUUACAACCAAAGCUUCAAUGAUAUAAAAAGAGAUCGAAGUGGGGUGGUGUUGAUUCCUCAGCCUUCGGAUUCGCCGAACGAUCCUCUGAACUGGUCUAAGUGCAGGAAAAUACUACACUUUGCAUUGAUGUCCUUCAUUACAGCCUUUACAGCAGCCACUAGUAAUGGUACAGGGGCAGCUGCAGAUUCCCUCCAUGAUUAUUAUAACAUCACAUAUGAUUCUUUGAAUGCUGGUGCAGGUGUUUUGUUUUUUGGCAUUGGCUGGGCGACGUUAAUUUUCGCACCAUUGCCAUCGUUGUAUGGUAGAAGACUAACUUAUUUUAUUUGCAUAUUUCUGGGCCUGUGUGGCGCUUUAUGGUUUGCUAGAACUUCCAAGACAAGAGAUGUUAUAUGGUCCCAGCUUUUUGUUGGUAUUAGCGAAUCUUGUGCUGAGGCCCAUGUACAACUGUCUCUCACAGAUAUUUUCUUCCAACACCAGUUAGGCUCUGUUUUAACCGUAUACAUUAUGUCCAUAUCAGUUGGUACCUUUCUGGGUCCACUAAUUGGCAGAUAUAUUGCAACACUGGCGAACUUUCGAUGGCUUGGCUGGUGUGCUGCUAUAAUGUCUGGUGCACUGCUGGUGUGGAUUUAUUUUGGCUGUGAAGAGACCUAUUUUGAUAGGCACCUGUAUAUGACGCCAUAUUCUAAACAUUCUAUUAUCAACAAGUCGGUGGAUGAACUUCCAACUUCUGUAGAUGAGGGCGAGGAUGCUACUUCAAAUAAAGACGGUCCAAUAACGGCUACGGGGCAAACAAUUUCAACAGAAAAAUGCAUUACUUUUGAUAAAGAGUUAAUAAAUGGUUCCAAAGAACCUUUGAAAAAAUACCAUAAGCGAAUUAAAUUAAUCACAAAAGCCACGAACUUAAAAGGUUGGGGAGUUAAACAAUAUUUCAGAUAUUUGGGUACCAACCUAAGAAUGUUUUUAUUCCCACCAGUUUGGUUGUCUGGGUUAUUUUGGGGAAUACAGGAUGUUUUUUUGUCUUUUUAUCUCACUACACAGGAUACUUACUUUUACGAUGAACCUUGGAAUUAUUCUGCCUAUAGUGUUGCACUGAUGAAUGUGCCUACUUUGGCAGGUGCAGUUAUUGGUUGCAUGUAUGCUGGUGUAAUCAGUGACGUUUUUGUCCUGUGGAUGGCAAGGAGAAACAGAGGAAUCUUGGAAGCAGAGUACCGUCUCUACUUUUCUGGAGCAGCAGCAGCACUCGGCUCUUCUGGAUUGAUGAUGUUUGGUAUUGGUGCUGAGAACGCAUUGCCGCCGCCAGUAAUAUAUGUGGGAUUGGGAUUCAUCGGAUUUGCGUGGGGUUGCUCUGGAGAUAUUGCAAUGGCAUAUUUAAUGGACUGUUAUCCAGAAAUGGUUUUGGAAGGUAUGGCCUGUACAUCGGUCAUCAACAAUACACUUUCUUGUGUCUUUACAUUCUGUUGUUCUCAGUGGUUGGAGUCCUUUGGUACUAAAAAUACUUACAUAAUAUUAGGUCUCAUCAAUCUCGCAAUUACAUUUCUUGCAGUUCCAAUGUUGAUCUUUGGGAAGCGUAUCAGAGCAUGGACUAAGGAUUGGUAUACACAAUCGGUUGAGCUUAGAGAAUCUGUUAGACGAACUUGA